AUGCCUUUCGGAUUGGUCUCCGCCUGGAACAAGCGCCGGAGGAGCCUGUCUUACGACCAGAUCGACCCCUGUAAGCUCGCUCUUCCGUCCCCUCUCUGCUCGUCCAUUUCUAGGGUUUCCCUUUCCAACAGCGUCCCUGAUCUUCUUCUCCCUCGGGAAUCCCAUCGGCAGGGAUCUACAGGCCCGCCCAGUGCUGGCAGCUUGGAGAGGAGGUUCUCCGCCCGAAGAGGCGCAGCGGCGGCGGCGGCGGCGGCGGCGGCGCGUCGGUGUUCACCCUCCGGGAAAUGGAGGCGGCGACCUGCUCCUUCGCCGAUGGCAACUCCCUCGGCCGAGGAGGCUUUGGCCGCGUCUACAGAGGAACCCUAAGCAGCGGACAGGUCGGCCUGCUCUGCAAGAUCAACAUCCUUAUUCAGCAUUUGAGAUCGAAAUGGAACAAUCGAUCGACCGACCGAUCGAAGUGGGCGGAUUCUUCACGGGGGAAACUGACGAUGCACUCUCCCAUGGUCGGCACGCAGGUGGUGGCGAUCAAGAGGAUGGAGGCGGCGCCGCCGCUGAGAGAGGCCGAAAAGGAGCGGGAGUUCCGGGUGGAGGUCGACGUUCUCAGCCGCGUUGACCACCCGAACGUCGUCUCCCUCGUCGGCUACUGCGCCGAAGGCGACCAGCGCCUCCUGGUCUACGAGUACCUCAGCCGGGGCCACCUCCAAGGUCAACUCCAUGGUCAGUCCUCCAUAAACAGCAGCAAAUAUAGAGAGAGAUAGAGAGAUAUUAUAGAGAGAAGCUGAUAGAACUGCUGCUGACAGGAACUGGCGGAGGGAGGAUGGAGUGGCCGGUGAGACUGAGAGUGGCUCUGGGGGUGGGGAGGGGACUGGCCUACCUCCACUCGGGGUCAGCGGUGGGGAUCCCCAUCGCCCACAUGGACCUCAAGUCAACGAACAUCCUCUUGGGAGAGGACUUCGAAGCCAAGGUAAGUCAAAGUCUGCGGCUUGAGGGUGGGGGAGGGUGGUGGAAUUUGGGACUGAUGGGUUCCCAGUGGCGUUGACUUCCAGAUUUCUGACUUCGGGCUGGCCAAGUUCAUGCCGGAGGGCCCAGAUGGCGGCUUGGCCAUGGGGAUGCAGGGCACAUUCGGCUACUUUGACCCCGAGUACGCAUCUGUAUGAAUCUGAUCUAAUUCCUCUAAUUUUUUACAUGUUUUCUAGGGCCCAGCGGGCUGAAGAAAGGCCCCGGAAGUAAGGUUUCGGGCCCGGUUUCCAUGAGAAUUGACUGGGGUUCCAAAGAAAAGCCCGGAAAGUAGGCUAGACUUGACUUGGUUUCCGAAGAAAAAGCCCGGAAAGUAGGGUUUCGGGGCAGAGUCCUACGAGCCUUGUCUUGGGUCCCGGAGAAAAGACAGCCAGGAUGCUAGGGUUUCGGGCCGGGUUCCCGUAGAGUUGACUUGGGUUCCGAAGAUAAAAAAGCCCAGAAAGUAGAAGAGUCGCCAUAAACCUCAUCAUCAUUGACGGCAAUAGGAGAUGUUUCUGAUAGUCCACCUAAACACGUGAGGAGUCAACCUGAGAGCCGAAGAAGAAACACAUCAAACCCAUUCUGGAUUUGAAUCGAAUCCCCACACAGAAACGAAGUGAAAAGAUUCAGACAUCCUCUAACCUCUCUCCUGCUUCCAUCACAGACGGGGAACUUCACGCUGAAGAGCGACGUCUACGCCUUCGGCGUGGUUCUCCUGGAGCUGCUCACCGGCCGCCGGGCCAUCGACCUCCACCAGGGCCCCCCCGGCCAGAGCCUCAUCCUCCAGGUAAUUCCUCCCCCCUUCCAUCUCAUCCUUCAGGAACAUAAUUCAUACCUUUCUUGUGGUCGCCAUGGCACGCAGCUGCAGCACUUGCUGGCCGAUCGCAAGGGCCUGCGGCGCGUGAUUGACCGAGCGAUGCCCAGGAGCUCGUGCACAAUGGAAUCGGUGGUGCUCUUCGCAGGCCUCGCUGCACGGUGCGUCUGCUUGGAGAGCGGCGGCCGGCCUGCCAUGGCCGACUGUGUUGCAGAGCUCCAGCUUGCGCUUUCCGCCAACAUGAGGCGGCGGCACAGAGUGCAGCAUCCCAGCCUCAGAUCUUGA